CGUCGAUACUGCGUUCGCAAACUUCUUUGUAAUGUGCUCGAUGGGAGACGCCGGGUUGUGUUUUUUUAGAAUAGCGAAAUUGUAUACCUUUUCGCCCGAGCCCUAGUGAACUACAAUUCUAGUUGCACCGGUCGCUUUUAAUCAGGUGAACUCAAUUGGUCAUUUAUUGCAGGGAAGGGAUGCCAGCCCUGUUGGCGAGCUUGCCUCUCUUCCCGAGGGACGUUCUAAAUGGAACCGUAUUGUGAAAGUGGUGCCGUAAGGGAAGUGUAUGCAUUCCAAAUAUGAUACGUUAGGAGGAUCGACGCCAAGUCCUUACGGUAGCUUGCACUACCCGAACUUUUUUCUGGUUUUGUCGAUGUGAAGGAUGCAGCAACCUCACCUUGAAAAUGCGAGCACGACGGCGAAUGCCCCUGUCUCCAGCAAGGUGUUGGACGAGCAUAGUAUGAGCAUAUUCGAAGAACUUGUGGACGACGUCAUACUGGGAACCUGCUUCGAAGUUCACCGGUCUGUCAAAUUGGGCAUCUUAUUUCUGGACGAAGCCACGGAUGACGAAAAAAAAUAUGAAAUAGUGGACGAAGUAGGCUUGGAUGUAUUUGGUCAAGUUCCUCUGAAGAAACAGUUCGAAUGCGUGUGUCCCAACUGUCAAAGAAAUUUGGCUGCGUCGCGCUUUGCGCCUCACCUAGAGAAAUGCAUGGGUAUGGGAAGAAACAGCUCAAGGAUUGCAAGCAAAAGGAUUGCCAACACCGGAAGAGCUGAAAGCGACGUAGAUGACUAUGAUAAUGACAGUGACUGGAACUACCUGUCCGAUCGAAAACCAGCCAAGAAAAGGAAAGAUAAGAACUGUACACGUAGAAUCAAAGGGAAACCUAAAAAUGGAGAACAAGCAAGCACUAGCAGUGCAUCAGGAGAACCCUCAAACAACAUCUCAACUUAUGAAAGCCUUUCAAUGGAGGAAAGAAAGGCUUUGUUGACACAGAUGUGUGGAGUGAUCUCUGAGCACACUAAAAAAAUGUGCACCCGCUCUCAGCGUUGCCCCCAGCACACGGACGAGCAACGCAAAGCAGUCAGGCAGUUCCUUUUGAAUCAAGGCACUGGAAGCAGCACACUAUCUGCAGACACUGGUGAUGAGGUGCACAUUGACGUGGACACUUUUGACGAGGCCGACAACCAUGCACUGCAUGACACAAUCGGGCAGAUGUGGGAAAGCGUCAGUUCUGCCAAUUCCUCCCCUGCAGAUGGUAGCUUCCAAAGCAACAAUGGAGCAGUGGGAAAAAAGAAGGACAAACGUCUGCAGCCUUUUGGCAGCUCAGCAAAGAAACCCAACAAGUCUCGGCCUAGCAGCAGUGGCCCUUCGAGCGUGGCUGCCGACCCAAUGAGCUCCGACCUGCUUUGACUGGGAGGGGUGUGCGUGCCCCAGUGCCAAACAUCUUGCCCCCAUGUGGUUCCUCUCUUCCUAGCGUGCUGCUGUGAAGGACGUUUCCCACCUUACUUGCUACUGCUAUGUGUUGUUUUCCUAAAGGGAUGUGGGACUCUCCAUUGGCUGCCUACCCGUUUAGUCAACCACACAAACCGGUCGCAUCAGCAAAGAAAGGAAAGCAGCACCCUCCUGAUGCUGCCCUGCAAAGUUCUCCGGGCAGUGUUUGCCCUGUCGGCAGGCAGAGGCUAGUGGCCUUGUAGUGCCGACACAAUUCUAGUAUGUGUAUUUAUGGCUGUGGUGGUUCCAUGUCACCCUGUGCAAAACUCUCCCCGCAUUAGUGUGAAUUGUCUUACAUGGUGUGUACAUCUAGCUAUUCCCUCCCACAGAUUAUGAAAUGCUGGGCAUUGUUAUGGGUACAAAACAUCUGCAACUUUGGCAGGUUGCUUGUGAAUGGAUCAAAAGGCUUGUCUUGUGUUGAGUGUAACACCAAAAAGCACAUUACGUGCUGUUAAGGGAAUUUAUUUUUUUCCAUCUGUGAAUUCAAGCAUCCCGCCUCAGUAUGGGUCGUGCUGUAAUGCAUCCUUGUGUUUCACAAAACUGCAGCAUGGAUGAGAUUGCACAGAGCAGAGUGAAUGACAUUUGCUUUUCUUUGCCAUGACGGUUAUUGUAGUUCAACAUCCUGGUGCAUUGUACCUGUUCGGUGUUGUGGCAUUGCCUAUCAUGCUCUUUUUUUUUUUUUUUUUUUUUUUGUAAAGGCUGCAGCUUAGUAGCACUAGAAAGCACACACACAGCUAAAAGCUGAGGUAGGGAAAGAACUACGAAGUCAUUGACAUGCUCCCUGUGGCACACCAAAUCUGUGCUUGGAGGGACUGAGGGGCACAAGCAGUUUGCUAGGCUGUUUGUUCUAUGAUUCUCACAUUAACUAAUGUGAGGGCAAACUAUUCCUGCACUUUUUUUUUGUCUGCUUCCCUUGUUCUCAUACAAAGACAACAAAGAGGGGAAGGAAGUCAUUGUGACUUGUCAAUGUGGGCAGGGUGAGACUUACUACUCAGGUGUAACAACUUUUUUUUUCUACCACUCCGGGAAGAUGGGACCUGUGGACACUAGUUUCAUCUUCUCACAUUUCUUUUGUCUGUGAUAUAUGCAGCGGCAACCAGCCUGUUCUCUCUUCGUUUUCAUAACGACAAGGUCACGAAAAGUGUGUGUUUGGGUGGAAAGGCAUGUGUUCUGUCGGAAUCUCUGUUGUUGUAAAAGUGGCACUGUUGAUUUCAGUAACCACAGUUUGUGUUUUGUUUGUUGCGUUACGUUUGUUAAGUUGUCCUCUAUUUUUUUUUUUCUUUCAAGUAUGAAGGCCCUUUUCUUUCAUUUAAGGGAUGUUCCUUGGUGCCACCAGGAAAAAGAAAAAGCUGGUAGAAAGUGGAAGGAAGGCUUUAAAAAUGUUCGACCACCAGCUGUGUGGAAAGAAAGCAUUGCUGCCACGUAACAUGCACAUAAAUUGAGCUUAACGUCUUGGAGAACAUAACACUAAAAGCCUUUCUCAGUUUCGUCCCCAACGACGGCGCAUUGUACUUGUUCUUCACCACAGCAAAGCAUUUUACGUGGCAGUACCAUAAUGGUGGCCCCCCAGCGGACAUGCAUAGGAAUGGUUUCUAGCCUUGAAAAAGAAAGGCAUUUUUUUUUUUUUUCAGUGCAUGUAACAGCAGAAACAAAAUACUUAACUGCACCAUGUGCAAGAUCAGAGCAGAUUGAUUUCAAUGCAACAGUACCACACUGUGUGCAAAUUUUGAAAUUUGGUCAACUCGGCAACGUGAACACUGUGUGAUUGUUCAUUAUUUCUUUCCAACUGUGAUAUGCACAGGAGUGUGUUGACAUGGGAUCAUGUAUGCUUGGAAAGGCAAAUGCGUGAAUAAAGUUGCCUCAUUUUGUACUGCCA